AUGAGAGACAUAGCUAGGCUCACUAGAGCGGAGGAAGAAGUCCGCCGAAUUGGUAGAGAGGUACGAAGAUCGGUCCGAUGGGCUAUAAACGAGCACAACAGAAUCCUUCCUCUCAUUGUCGGGCUCCAGCACGAUACAGAUUGGGCAACCGAGAGGAUCAAGCCUAUACUUGCCGAUCCAAUACUGAAUUCUCUUGUCAACGAAGACCAGCUAUCUUUUAUCAAAGGAAUACUAUACACUGCAUUUCUCGAAAUCACAUCCCUUCAGUUGGUUUGGGAGAAAGAUAUGACCAAGAUUAUACAACAGACAGGUCCAUACGAGAACGAUGAUCAGCUCAUGGACGACUGGAGCAACCAAGUCACCCGAAUAGCUUUCCUCGAACAAAGUGGCUGUCUGUCGAUGAUCAAGGGUGAUUUUGAUAACACGUUGGGUGAAUCUUGGCGCCAAAUGGAUCAAGUGACCAUGCGUUACUUUCUUGAUGCCAGUGCAAACGCAGCAACCACGAAUAACCAGGAAGAACAAGCAGAUGAAGAUGAUGGUACGGAGAAUGUAAUUGGUGACGAGGAAGAAUUUGAGCGAGCUCUUGAGGAGGAAGACCUAAAUGCAGCUUUUGCCAACAGUAUUCAUUUAAGAUGA